AUGGCAGAUACAAACAAUUUCCAUGAGCAAGAUGUUUUAACGUCUUCAGAUGAAUUUAAUCAAAUAAUUUUUGGUGGUGGUAUCGGUAUACCAGAUCCACCAAUAAAUUCAACGAAAAGAAUAAUUU